GUUCUGCCAAAAAGCUGAGUACUCCUCUUCUUUUCUCCAACUUUAUUUAAAAAAAACUGUAGGUUCCUUUUUGGCUUUUUACUUUACCUCCUUGGUGACUAAGGAACUAAAACUCGAAGGAGUUUUGUUUCAUUCUUUCCUUCUCCAUACCAUUCAAAUUCAUUUCCUCCAUCCUCAACACAAUCAAGACCCAUCAAAAUCCUUUCAAAGAAACAUAGACUGCUAAAAAAAUCUUAUCAUUGAGUAACAUUUGACCAAAAGCAAGAUCUUCCCUAAACCAUCAGAACCAGAUCUGAGUCCUCGAUCGUCUCCAAUUCUCGACCAAUCCAACCUGAGAUCUCUCCAAAUAAAAUAUUUUAGUUUCUUCGUGUCUUUGCAACAUAACGUAUCACAAACAUAGAUUGUAGAAAGAAAGAAAGAAAAGAACCAAUGGAAAAUACAAAGUUGGUUUGUAGAGUAUUGUUGCAAGACUGGAUAACAUUCAAAGCAUUGGCUUUGGAGGAUAGAAGCAGGAUAAUGAACGAGAUAGCUGAAGAUAAAUAUGCUCGUCUCUUGAGCCAACUUAUCAAUACUUGCGUUACUAGACCUCAAAUCAUAAAGGAAGUUGCAACCCUUAUUUUUGAUAAAGCUAUACUUGAGCCGACCUUUUGCCCUAUGUACGCUAAAUUAUGCUCUGAUAUUCAACACAAGCUACCUACAUUUCUACCUAGAGAGCGUGGGGCUGGUAAGAUCACUGAAAAUACCCCAUUCAAGGGGAUUUUGCUGAAUCUAUGUCAACAGUUGUUCGAGGAACAUGAAGAGCGCUCAAGUCAAGAGCUUAGAAAGAUGAAUGGACCAUAUCAUAAGGGAGAGCCUAAGGAGAUGGAGAGAAUGUCGAACCUCAGGGCUAUAGGAAACCUUCGUUUGAUUGGCGAGCUUCUAAAGCAGCAUAUGGUUACAGUUAGGAUCGGUCACCACAUUGUUCAGAAGCUCUUGGGGGAUGAGGAGAAAAUGUGUCCAUCAGAGGAAAAUGUUGAAGCUGUUUGUCUCUUUCUCAAAACUGUCGGCAAAGAACUUGAUGGAUCAUCAAGCUUGAGUUCAAAAAAGGUGAACGAUAAAUAUUACAGACGUCUAAAGGAAUUGUCAAAUAAUUCUCAGCUGGUUAUGCGAUUGAGAUUUAUGAUUCGGAAUAUCAUCAAUCUGCGCUCUAAUGGCUGGAUUUCCAGGCCAGAAGUGACAAACCCCGCAGUUUAUUGAAGCCCUUGAAAACCAAGAUGUUCACGGUUCACAUGUGGUGUGUGAACACUGAACAGAGUAAUUUGCUAUAUCUCGGAUAUUGUUCUUGUUGUGUUUUGUUUUUAUUUUCUGUUUCUGACUUUAUUUCCUUUGUGUGUUAGAGUUGGCUGUUAUGAAAAUGCUUUUUUUUUGUUCAACAUGAAAAUGCUAAUCACUAUAUUAUAUAUAUAUACAUAUAUACAAUAAAACCUCUAUAAAUUUAA